AUGGCUCAUUUUCAGAUGUGUCCACCUGAGCCACAACCUAAGAAGACUACACCAAAACCUACAAAAAAAAGAAAACGUAAAGAAACCUGUAUUAAUGAAGACUAUGAUAUUUGUGAUACCAAAGAAUCCGAGGAAAAUUCGUCAUCAUUCUUAAGUGUUGCGAAAAGUGCUAUGCGCGAACUAUUGAGGCUCGUGUCUACUACUGAAGAAUCAUUAUGGACACGCCAUUUAAACAAAGUAGUUGGAUUUACUCUUGAUCGACAAAUGUAUGUCAAUUUGAAUUCAACGUUUUCAAAAUUGAUAUCUCCAAAUAGACGUGAAGAGUCUUCGAAAGAAGAGCUGAUAGUUCGGAGCAGCGGAAAAAAUUUGGUUGAAUUGAUUUUAGAUUCGGAAGAAUGGGCUAAAUUAUUUCCAACAAUUGUUUCAAAUGCUAAAACAGUGAAAGUAUUUAAUGCCGGUUCACCAGAAAAUCGAAAUGGAGCCUUACAAGCUAUGGUUGGAGAAGUGCACAUCCUUUCACCUUUGGUACCAUCUCGAGAGUUCUACUUCAUCCGUUAUUGUCGACAGUUUAGCAAUAAUGAUUGGGUGAUAGUUGACGUGUCAGGUGAUUUCCUAUUCGACCGCGCUAAUAUUCGCAAUCCGGCUUACAAACUUCCAUCUGGGUGUUUGAUUCGUGAAAUGCCUAACGGAAAAUCUAAGGUUACUUGGGUUGAGCAUGUGAUGGUGAAUGAAAUGAGUCAACAACACAUGCUUUACAAAGAUCUCAUUCAAGAGUAUAAUCCAUUUGGAGCAAAAAUAUGGCUUUAUGCACUUCAAAGAAUGUGCGAGAAAAAUCAUUGUUCUUCAAUUGAGUACACACCCAAACAUGACAAUGAUAGAGAGAUUAGGUCAAAAGAAGGGAGAAAAAGUGUGAUGGACCUAUCUAAUCGAAUGAUUCGAAGCUUUUGCAAAGAUUUGAAUAGGGCAAACAUGAACCAUAUUUUGACACAUCACACAAAUGAAUAUAAGAUUCAUUUAACUCAAGAGAUUUAUAACCCUAACAAGUUUCGUUUGAAAUGUCGCUCCAAUGCAAAUGGCAUCGUUGUCACUGCAAUUGGAUCUGUUAGGCUUCAUUUUGCUCCGCAGACUGUUUUCCACUUUCUUAGUGAUGAAAGAAGACGACAAGAGUGGGAUAGUCUUGUUGGUGAAAGAGAAAUGCAUGAAGUUGCCUACAUCUCAAUAGGAGAAAUUCAAUCUUACAACCGCAUUUCCAUUCUUGAGAUAUAUGAUGAUGAUAACGACGACGACAAUGACGAUGACGAUGGUGAUGAUGAUGAUGAUGAGAAGGACGACGAUAACAAAAACAACAACAAAAAUGUGCAAAUUUUUCAAGAAGUUUGUAUUGAUCCUGUGGGAGCAUAUGUUGUGUAUGCUCCAAUCAAUACAAGACAUAUGCAUAGGAUCUUAAAUGAGGAGAACUCAUCAGAUUUGCAAAUUCUUCCUUGGGGUUUCAUGAUCUCAAAAGUUGGACAUUUUGAUGCUGAUGAUACAUUAUUAACAUUUUCUUUCAAAGUUUUAGUUUCUGCUGAAGCAUCAUUAGGAGUAACCAUUGAAAGGUUAACUUCAAUAUUCACAACAACAAUCGAAAAGAUUCAGCAUGCAUUAGAUUAUGAAGAUGAUGAUUAA